AUCCAGAUUACAGAUUUUCAUCUUCUUCUCCCUGCCCUUCAUCUCUGUCCAUCUGCUCACUUGAAAUCUUGCACUAAUGCAGUUUCUAAUGAUCUUAAUCUUGUGAGGACGAAAUUAAAUACCCCAGAAUUUCAUUUUCAGUGAUUUCAAUUAAAAAAAAGGAAAAAACCCCUUUUCUUUUCCGAGAAAAAUGGUGCAGACCCUUUCAAUAAGCAGUAGCUUAACAAGCUCAAGAAACAAAGCUGUUUAUGGAACAGAAGUAGUUGGGAGGCGGCAUUAUGAGAUAAUUGGAAAAGCACAAAUGAAAUCUGGAAAAGCACAAAUGAAAUCUGGGAUUGGUAAACAAUCUCUCUGCCAUGGGUAUGUGCCGAAUUUUUACUUCAAAGGCAACCCCAAUUUGUUGAAGAAAAGGGACUCUGGGGUUAAAGCUGUGUGGCCAUUUAAAGGAGGUGACCAGGAAUUGGGUGCAAGCUCCGAGCGAAGUGAGGCUGCUAAUGAAGAUAUACUGAUUUUCUUUUUCCAGUUAGACUUGGCCACUCAAGUUCAGCGUGCUUUGAACUUGGAGGAAUAUGAAAUUGCACAGCAGCUUAGAAACAAGCUUAAUGAGGUCGAAGCAGAAAUCCUUAAGCAGCAAGAAGCGAAAAGAGGUUUAUCCCCGAAGAGUGAAGCUCAAGAUAAGGCUCUAAGUUUGGUACGUCUACGUGGCGAACUGCAAAAUGCGAUUGAGAACGAGAAUUAUGCUUUGGCUGCUCAAUUACGGGAUGACAUUUCCAAACUGGAGGCAGAAUCUUUGGCUGCAUCUGCAAAAGCUUUGGCACAUGAAAAAGCGAAAUAUGCAUUUCGUUUGGGACAGAAAGUCCAGCAUAAAAGUUUUGGUUAUCGAGCUGUAGUUUGUGGGAUGGAUCCAGUGUGCUGUGAAUCAAGCUCAUGGAUGGAAGCUGCACAGAUUGAAAAGUUGUCUCUUGGUUUUAAUCAGCCAUUUUAUCAGGUCUUGGUUGAUGUAUAUGCAGACCCUAAUCUACUAGUAGCAUAUGUUCCUGAGGAGAAUCUUUUAGCCCCAGAAGAACCAGACUUGAGAAGGUUCGAUCAUCCCUACAUUUCUUUUCUAUUUUACGGUAUGGAUGCUGCCGGAGAUUUCAUCCCUAUCAAGCAGCUUCGCGAGAAAUACAACAAACCCCGCCAUGAAAUUCCGCUUGAUCCCGAAGACGAUGAAGGUGGAGGUUCUUUCUGAUCAGUAUGUAAAUAUCUCUUAAAGAGUCUUUUUACUCGAUCCCCACUGAAAACUAUAAAAUCUUUUUGUACUAAAAGUUUAAGAAUUUUAUUGGGUUAAUUGCACUAUAGGUCCC